AUGACGGAGCGGACACGGGGUGCAGUUUUCUCCCCACAACCUGACCGUGUGGCUAUAGUGACCGGAGGGACCGACGGAAUUGGCUAUUCGACGGCCAAGUAUCUGGCGAGACUGGGCAUGCACGUUAUCAUAGCGGGAAAUAACGAGGACAAAGCCGACGAAGCUGUGAGGAAGAUAAAAGGAGAAACCUUGAAUGACAGAGUGGAGUUUCUAUACUGCGAUCUGGCGUCUAUGCAGUCGAUCCGGCGGUUCGUGCAGAAGUUCCAGAGGAAGAGGAUCCCUCUCCACGUCCUGGUCAAUAACGCCGGGGUCAUGAUGGUGCCGCAGAGGAAGACCGUGGACGGCUUUGAGGAACACCUGGGCUUGAACUACCUGGGCCACUUCUUGCUGACCAACCUCCUCCUGGACACCCUCCGGGACUCGGGGUCUCCCGGCCGCAGCGCGAGGGUGGUGACCGUCUCGUCGGCCACGCACUACGUGGGCGAGCUCAACCUGGGUGACCUUCAGGGCAGCAGGAGCUACUCCCCGCACGGGGCCUACGCCCAGAGCAAGCUGGCCCUGGUCCUCUUCACUUAUCACCUCCAGGGGCUGCUGGCCGCUCAGGGCAGUCCCGUGACCGCCAACGUGGCCGACCCCGGCGUGGUCGACACCGACCUCUACAAACACGUCUUCUGGCCCACGCGUCUGGUCAAGAAGCUGUUCGGCCGGUGGUUCUUCAAGGUAAGUCCCCGACGUACCAUCAUCAUCAUCACCAUCAUCACCAUCAUCAAUACCAUCAUCACUACCAUGAUCAACACCAUCAACACCACCAUCAUCAACACCAUCACGAUCACCAUCCUCAUCACCACCACCAUCAUCAACACCACCAUCAAAUCAGGCGGCUGGCGGCGCUGCCUUUCAUCUGAGGCAGCGGCUGAAAGAGCAGAACACGUCCAGAAAUUCUGA